AUGUUUGAUUAUAAAUAUUUGAAGAACGACCAACUAAAAGGAUUAAAAAAAUAUAAGUACAGCGCUAUAGACACAAGUCCAAUAGGAAAGUAUCUGAUGCACCCAACAUGGAACACAAUAGUCAAAAUCACACCAAAAUCAAUAGCACCAAACGUGAUCACGUUCGCUGGUUUCAUUUUGAUGUUAAUAGCAGUCCUAUUGCUUACUGUGUACGAUCCAGAAUUCUAUGCAGCAGGGGGGAGAUUUGGCUCUAAGAGUUAUCCGAAUGAAAUACCCAACUGGGUUUUUAUUACUUGUGGCGUUUUUAUAUUUUUGGCGUAUGGCCUAGAUGGGAUCGAUGGAAAACAAGCCCGACGGCUCGGUGUAUCUGGACCUUUAGGGGAACUGUUUGACCACGGAUUAGAUUCGUACAUCGUGUUUUUAAUACCAUACGCUUUGAUAUCAGUUUUUGGAAGAGAUCCGGAGUAUUCUUUAAAUUGCUUUAGAGGCUUCCUAAUAGUAGUUAGUGUGGCAUUCAACUUUUAUAUAUGUCAUUGGGAUAAAUACAACACACUAACAUUGUACAUACCCUGGGGAUACGACGUGAGUAUGUGGUUCUCCUCGGCACUGUUCAUAAUAGAAGGAGUAUACGGCCCAGGGUACUACAAAGCGUACGUGUUCGGUGACUACACCGUAGUGAGUAUUCUAGAGAUUGUUCUCCAUCUCGUGGGCCCGUUGACGACCUUGCCUGGCUGCGUUUAUAAUGUCUAUUUAUCCUAUAAGAACCGUACCGGCAACAUGUAUCCGUUCCUUGAAAUGCUACGACCUCUGUGGUCGCUUUUCGCGGUGACAGCUGCAGUAGCCUACUGGGGCCUGUACUCGAAGAAUGACAUCAGUGAACAGUAUCCAAGAGCCUACAUCUUCCUUUACGGGACCCUUUUUAGUAAUAUUGCUAGUCGUCUAAUAAUAGCGGAGAUGUGCCACAACCGGUGCGACCUAGUCACCUGGAUGUUUUGGCCUCUGCUUGCUGCUAUCACAACCUCACUCAACAUCCCACACUUGGAGUACUUCAUGCUACACCUGAUGUUAAUCCUUGCUGUAUUUGGCCAUAUACAUUAUGGUGUUUGUAUGGUCCGCCAAAUCUGCAGCCAUCUCAACAUCAAAUGCUUCACGGUACCAAAAGAAAAAAGAAAAUAA